AUGUUUGCAAAAACUCCCUCGCCACCAUAUUAUAUGGUCUCGUUCACUUCAACCACCAAUUCUAAUAUUAGUUCAGAUUAUGAAAUUGUCGCUGAUCGAAUGGUUGAACUUGCAAAACAACAACCCGGUUAUUUAGGUCAUGAAAGUGCCAGAGACGCGUCUGGAUUUGGAAUAACUAUAAGUUUUUGGAAAGAUAGAAUUAGUAUAUCAAAUUGGAAAAAAAAUUGUGAACAUCAAAUUGCUCAAGAAAGAGGUAAAUCUGAAUUUUAUUCACAUUUUGAAACUAGAAUUGCAAAAGUAGAACACGAAUAUAGUAAUAACUAA